AUGCUGUUCCGCUGUACUCUCUGUGACAAAAGCUUUUCAUACCAGCGGAUGUUGAAUCGUCAUAUGAAAUGUCAUAGUGAAGUGAAGAGGCAUCGAUGUGAACAUUGUGGAAAAGGUUUCAAUGACACAUUUGACCUCAAAAGACAUGUCCGUACCCAUACAGGUGUUCGCCCAUACAAAUGCCACUUGUGCGACAAAGCCUUCACUCAGCGAUGCUCACUGGAGUCACACUUGAAGAAAAUACAUGGAGUGCAACAGAAUUAUGCCUAUAAGGAACGUAGGAACAAACUCUAUGUUUGUGAGGACUGUGGAUUUACAGCAGACAGCCAGGAAGCACACCUUCAUCACAUCCAAAAUGUACACCCCAACAGUUCCCUAAUCCAGCGUGCCUCCAAAAAAUUGGCUGUCAAUCUGCAAGAUGAUGUUAGCCCCUUGCUACACAGUAGCCAUAUUAUUUGA